UCCCACAACGAAGCAUUUUUGUUGGAGAACAAGAGGUUAAAGCUCACUCUAGAUGUUUCAAGAAAAAUGGAUACCACAUUUCAGCAAGUGGGAAAAUCACCAGUUUUUGCUUCACAACCAAGAAAACAUCGACUGGGCCAGUCAAAAGCUCACAUCUGCAGCCUUAUAGGUGAUCUGGCCUUCGAACAGUUCAAGGAUGGGCGAGAAAAUCUGUAUAGAAACCGCAGAAAAUACAGAUUGCCGUCAAAAUUCGGCCAGGUUAUUGCCAAGCCGGACUUCGAGUCCAGAUUUGUGGCCUUGAACAACGCCAAAGAAGCUGGGCGCGUCAAAGUGAUUCCGUGCCACGCGAACAGCGCGAAAGGCGUUCGCGGGGGUAGCGUAGGUAACUCAAGACUUCAAAACCUCACUUUUCCGCCUGUGUGCCAUCGCAUGACCAGCUCCUGUCCUUGGGUCAUAGAAACUGGACAUUACUGCGACGUGCUGGGGCACUUCUCCUGCGUGGACUGCAGCCGAACGAGAAAGCGUUGCCGCUACGAGGAAGGACACAGGCGCGCCUACGCUGGCAUACACGUGAGCCCCAAAUUACUUUGUGCGCCGAAGAAGAUAGAAGAGCAGUUAAUUUGGGACCUCCUGUCUCUCCCAAUGGAGCGUACACCGCUACAAGAGGUACCCAGUGGUAGAACAUGCUUUAUGUGCCGUAUGCGACAGGGAACCUUUACAAUGCGCACACAUUUCUGUGGCCAUUUGGCUUCGGAAAAUGAUAUCCUCUUACGUGUGAUGAAGAGAAAUUCCGAAGCUGCGGAAGUUAAGAGACAGGACACAUGUAUAGAAGAGGUGGCAAAAAGUAACAGCAUUGCAAAGGCAGCUGUAGACUUUAAUACUUAUCCCGUGCACAAUUUCGCUUAUACACCAAGAAACAGUUUUGCAGACUUAACGCCUGCUCCACCUAUGGUUGAUAAAACGAAGCAGAACUAUUGAAAAAGACGCCAUGAAUAAUUCAAACUUUUGCAAGAUAGAUCACUUUUAACUAUUUUGGAAUGGAAUUUUACGUUUUAUGAAAUAUUGUAACAUGACUGUAAAUGUAGCGGUUAUUUUUCUCUCG